CGAUAUAGGGGCUAUAUUCUCUCCCCGAAAUUAAAUUCUAACGUCUGUAAUUAAUUUUUAUCUCUCCAUUCUAUGGGGGUUUCUUCUUCACACCCUCUCUCUGCAUACAUGCCCUCUGGUUCACAGUACAUUUCUGCUGAAACAUUUUCCAGGGAUAAGACACCGAUGUCCUCCAAGAUGAAACCAUGGCAAGGUUAUGCUCAUGCUAGUGUGGUUGCUCUAUCAGUGUGGUUCUGCCGUGAAACAAUUUUUGAAGCCCUCCAAUGGUGGCAGGGGAAAUCUCCAUCAGAUGGUUUGCUUCUGGGCUUCUGCAUUGUUUUGACAGGAUUGGCUUAUCUCCCAAUUGUUGCUAUUCACUUCUCUCAUGUCCUGUACAAUGGUGUUGCUUCUCGAGCGUUCUCGACUUUGGUGAAUGGUUACAAGAUUAGUCUGACUACUGAGCUUCCAGGUCAGAUUCUUAAGAUUCUCACUGGUGGCAUUCCCCUUACUGAAGAACAAGAGAUGGCUAUUACAACUUCAGUCUCGCUGAGGAGAUAGAUUAUAUGUUUCAUUGUGAUCUCAUUUCGUUACAAAACAAUCAGAAUUCAUCAACAAUUAAGACGUUUACAACUACGAAAACUAAUCAACGUCUAAUAAGUUUCCAACACCCUCUGAAAUUAUCCACAAUCUUUUUAAUAACAAAAUUUACUUACACCUAUUGCUUGGGCCAUUAAGCCAAUAAAAGAAUCACAAAUUGGAUCCCAAAUUAUUGCAUUACUUUAAGCCCAAUCAUUUGGUUAAUUCGCAAAUACAAUUUAUGAUGAAAAUCCACAGUUCGAAUGAAAUUUUGUCUUCGUCGUCUUCUUCCUUCGGCCGAAACAACCCCUAAAUAUCAUUGAUCAGCAAUUCAUAGAUUGACCGUCAACAUUAAGCUUCAUGUGCAUACUAAAUAAAUUAAAUGAAAACACAACAUACUUGCGGUGUGGGCUAAGAACCUUGUGGUGUGCUUUUAUGAACAUGUGUCUAGUUUAUGUGAAUUGUUAUGUACGUUAAUAAACAUGUGGUAUGCCUUACUGGACUUGCGGUGAUAUUUACGAAAAGUCUUUCCAUUGUCAACCCUAGCACUGGAUGAGAUGGAAGGAGAAGUGGGAGACCCUCCUAUGCUGAAAAAACAAUUCGUGGAAUCAGCUGGUCUUUUAGAGAAGGUGGAGGAAGCCAGCCUCGAAUGACCCCCAACUGAUAAAUGAGGCUAUUGUCCUGGAAUGUGAGGGGAAUUGGACCAUCACUCACAUUCCAAACAACUGUUGGUUUAGUUCAUUCUAAUAAACCGGAUCUCGUGUUCUUCUUUGAAACACGAUUGAGUCGGAGAGUAGCGUCCCGUCGUAUGGGGGGUUAGGUUUUGAUCAUUCUCAUUGUUUCUUUGUUGAUGCAAUUGAUGCAUCUGGAGGUUUAGUAGUUGCUUGGUCCCCCGGAUUUUCAUUCCAACUUCUGUAUUUGUACGCAAAUUAAUGAAGUGGAUUUUUCUUAUGUAAUGAUUUUUGUUUACAUUAGCUGUAAUGUUGCAAUAAGAGCUACUCAAUUGGCUCGGUUGCGUGAAAUUUGUGAUAACAUCCACCAACCCUAUGUUGUCAUAGGUGAUUUUAACACUACUCUUCAUGAGGGUGAAAAGAAUGGUGGACUGUUAUGGAAUGUUGCUCAAUCUCUUAGCUUGCGUGACUUUGUCCGGGAUUUGGGUCUUCAUGACCCAGGUUACCAUGGUGAUCAGUUCAGGGUACCUAUAUGUUUCGACUUUGAGAACUCCUUAAGAAGCUCUUCCAUCUGCUAUAUGACUGGAGUAGAGCGGGCACUACGAACUCCUUGUGUAGCAUUAAUACUCUCGCGGUUGAGAUUGACCGAAUUAAAUUGAUCCAUCCUAUUGACUGGGAUGUGAUUAGGAGCCUGAAACCUGAGCUGAAUCGCCAAUGGGAGGCGGAGGAGAUCUACUAGCAGCAAAAGUCCAGGGUCCUGUGGUUGAAAAGAGGGGAUAAAAUACUUCUUAUUUCCAUAUGGUUACGAGAGCUCGUCGAAAAUGGAACUUUGUAUUCGGCCUUCGCAAUGAUAAUGGUAAAUGGAUCACUAAGGAAACUGGGAAAGCAGCUAUUGCUACUGAUUUUUAUCAAAAUCUUUUUACCUCGGAGACUUAAAUACCAAAUAUGGCGGAUAGGUUGGCGACUCUCCCCAUCCCUCACAGUGCUACUCCGGAAAUGAAUGCCAAUUUGGCGGCUGAGGUUCUACCCAGUGAAGUAAUGAAAACGGUAUUUUCCA